AUGUGGUUCUCAUUAUACCUACUGUCGUUUAUUUUUGCAGUAGUGACUGCCAAUGGGAAUGCUCAACAAAUCAGAAACUCCAGAGCCACUAACGCUGCGGUGGUACAUUCUUUAGGCAAUAAGAUUUAUGGGAACGGCACCAUUCCAAGUUUGUUUUCGAGAUCUUCGAGAUCUGCAAGCUCUAUGAUUGUCAUUCCAACUGAAUCCAGUAGUCUCCAAACAAUAGUAUUUGGAUCAUCUUCACCAACAGGUACCACUUUAACAACAUUGCUGAGUAGUGCAGCAUCAGAACUAAAUGUGAUAUCAUCAUCGACACCACUAGUGAUCGAGACAUCCUCAACACAGCCAUCACCUCUUACAUCGUCAUCACAAGAAUUGCCUGCAACCUCAUCAAUACAAGUGUUGCCUACCACAUCAUCGACUGAACAGUUGUCUGCCACGUCAUCGACUGAACAGUUGUCUGCCACGUCAUUGACACAAGAGUUGUCUGCCACGUCAUCGACGCAAGUGUUGUCUGCCGCUUCAUCGAUGCAAGAGUUGCCUAUCACUUCAUCAACGCAAGAGUCGUCUACCAUUUCAUCGAUGCCACAGUUGCCUGAAACCUCAUCGGCACAACAGUUGCCUCCCACAUCAUCGAUGCAAGAGUUGCCUAUCACUUCAUCAACGCAAGAGUUGCCUGAAACCUCAUCAACGCAAGAGUCGUCUACCAUUUCAUCGAUGCCACAGUUGCCUGAAACCUCAUCGGCACAACAGUUGCCUCCCACAUCAUCGAUGCAAGAGUUGCCUAUCACUUCAUCAACGCAAGAGUUGCCCGCCACUUCAUCGACACAACAAUUGCCUGCAACGUCAUCAACGCAACAAUUGCCUGCCACUUCGUCAAUAGUAGCAACUGCUAGUGCCUCUUCUACGGUCCCAACUACUAUCGCUUCACCACCACCAUCAGAUGUGAUUCCAUCAACUAUACCCACUGAAACCAGUUCAAAAUCAUCAAUCAGCGUUUCUUCAAUCCCACCAACUAAUAUCACAUCAUCGUCUCAAACUGAAACUAUCUCCUCAGUCCUAAUAACCGAUAGUAAAUCUUUUGGAGUUGUUCCUUCAAGUACAACCACACUUUCAGUUUCCAAUAGUACCACAACAUCAUUAGUAGGAACAUCAUCUAACACUGAGGCAUCACAAAUUCUGCCACCAUCGUCAUCCAUUGCUAGAGCUUCCACAACUACUUUGAGUUCGGUUUAUUUGUCUUCUGCUAUCCCUGAAUCGCCAGAAUCCGAAAUUAUCGAAUCAACAAUAACAAAUAGUGGAACUUCAACUGUCGCUACUACAUCAUCUGCUUUCGAUACUUUGCAAACUCCAAUAUCAUCGACACCAAAAGAUAUACCAACACUGGUUACAUCUUCUUCUGAUAUCACUGAAUUUUCAUCUACUACCACAUUUUUUGCUUCUAACACAUCAUCAAAUUGGUGGGUUCCAACAAGAAUAAUCACAGAAUCAGAUAAAACUCAAAAUAGUGUAAGUUCUACUCAAACUGUAUCUACAACGAGAAUUAAACCAAAGGCCAUUGCAGCUCCCACCACCAUUCCAGUACCAUCUGGCUACACUUUAAUUACCAUCGGUUUUAAAGAAGCAUUGAACUAUGACUUCGUCCUUGAUAACCCUGUUUCUAGUGCACAAAUUUUUGCAUUUUUACCUGAAGCACUAGAUCUCCCUUUCCAGUUUGCAAACGAUUCAUCUGUCUCUAUUUUGAAAUUAGUCCCUUAUUCUCUAAGCAAUUACAAUUAUACCGUAUUGGUUGCUGAAGUGUAUUUCCCAUCUGAUAGUAUCGAUGAAUUAUCUAGUCUAAUAAAAGAUUCGGACAGUCCACUAUACACGUUGAAUACAGGCUCAAGAUUAGCUUUGGUUAAUUUAAUUGAUCAAAAUAUUCCUCUCACUGGCUUGGUUAACUUAGAUACUUCAAGUUCAUCUAGUAGCAGUUCAAGUUCAGACAGUUCAUCAGCUGACGAUGAUUAUGAUUCAUCUAGUGAUCUAGAAUUUGGCACAUUAGAUACAAAUAGUAAGUCGGUCUCUGGUAGCGUAUCUUCAAUGAAUAAAAGUAAGUUAACUGGAUUUAUUAUUGGUAUUAUUAUUGGUGGUACACUUUAUAUUGCAUCGAUGAUUCUGUUCUCAAGAUAUUUAGUCAUGAAAUAUAAACAAAAAAAUGCUGGGAAUAACAUCAUCUCAGAUGACAAUUCUAGUAUAAGUAGCAGCGAAUAUGCCUCCGAAAAGAAGUUCCAUGAUUUAGAAAAGAACAUGUUAAGAAGCGAUAUAAGGCAUUCCAUUUCUGCCUCUCUGAAGAUUGCCAACUGGAUCGAUAACACUGAUGAAGCAGCUGGUCCUAAUGAACCAUCUAAUACAAGACACAGUUCCAAUACUAGGCUUAAAGGUAAGUACGUCAUUUCCAAACCAAUAGCAACUCAAAAUUCUUUAGGAUGGAAUGAUAUCUAG